GCUGACUCCAGGCUUAGUGAAGACGCCCUUAGCAACAACACACAGCUGAGUCGAAUAAGAUACUCCGACGGCAGAAAAGAAGGAUUAAACACUGCCACUUUAUUGCACUGACUACAGGUGAAGCUUUCCUGCGAGGGGAUGCGCCGGUUGUUUCUGCAGUUAACAUGGGGCAUCAGUCUAGCUAGCGAGCUAGCCUAUUUUGGCUAGCCAUCCCCGAAGACGAGCGAAAGCAGCCCCAAGCUGUCCCGAAGGAGGACACGAUCCUGAGGGUCCAUCGAGUGGUAGCAUCGCUAUUUGCUAGCUACAAAGUCAGCUAACCGGGAAUAAGCACGGGAAUGGUGCUCUGGAUCGACUCACUGCACCGACAGAGAAAGGCGAGGGGCACCCGGGUCAGACCACCAAGCUGUAAUAUUUGGACUCAGACUAUUUUUAACAGAGGGAGCGGCUCUCGGGCGGACGAGUGUUUUUGUGGCUGUGCAAGCUAGCUGGCUAGCUAGCCGAGGGAAACGACCCCCACCGCCUGCUCAGGUUUUUCAAACGGCUUCCAAGGCUCAUGUCAGCAAGGGCGAGUGUGAGAGUAGCACACUGAAUUCACAACUCGGUGGUUUUAAUAAAACAAGGAUAAAUUACACACGAAGCCAAGAAAAACCUAGGUAACCCCAAGGAGAAAAUAACUUGAGUUAGUUGAAUCGAAACCGCAGCUCAAAGGUACUGGGACUCCACUCAUUAGCAAACACGGCAAAGUUGUAAAUGAGGUUAGCUAAGUUUGCUACGUGACUCUAGUUUGAACCUUUGUUUUGCACUUUUUUGUUCGGGAUUUUUUCCACUUCGGAUGCUGGCAUCACAUAUUAAUUGCAAUCAUGAUGAUAAUAAGCAGAAAACCAGAGGGCCCAAUAGCAACAGCACGCCACGGUGACGGCCUCUAUGACUCGUACAUGAGGACAGACCACAUCCUUAAGGAGGAGGCAGAUACAAACAGUCCGUCUGGGCUGCCCCCAAUGCCCAAACACACAGUUGUCAGUAACAAGGCUGUAAUGAGGGAUCAGGUAACUGUGCGAGGUGGCCAGCUGAAGGUCAAGUACCUGUAUGAAGACGCCACCAAUAAUCGAAAGAUCAAUGCCAUAACUACAGCAACCACUCAGAACAGUGGGACCACUGGUCAUACGCCCAGUAAACCUGCCCCAGUCUCCAGCCUGUCCAAGGAGCACAGUGUAGAAAGCACUGAAUCCAGUAAGGGCUCCUCCACUGAAUCCUCCGGCACACAUGGAGUUGGGAGUGGAGGGAACAGUGGGAAGCUGUGUGGCCCACUCACUCCUGACCAGGCUCUGAGACUGUACCGAUCUCAACUGACCACCCUGGAGCAGACAGAGAUCCACUCCUACCCAGAUAUCUACUUUGUGGGACCCAAUGCCAAGAAGAGGCCUGCCGUUGCUGGAGGCAACAACAACUGUGGCUAUGAUGAUGAGCAGGGCGGUUACAUUCACGUACCCCAUGACCACCUGGCUUACCGCUAUGAGUUUCUCAAGAUUAUCGGUAAGGGUAGCUUUGGCCAGGUGGCAAAGGUAUACGACCACAAACUGCAGCAGCACCUGGCUCUGAAAAUGGUGCGUAAUGAGAAGCGUUUCCACCGGCAGGCGCAGGAGGAGAUCCGCAUCCUGGAGCACUUGCGCAAACAGGAUCGUAACGGCACCAUGAAUGUUGUGCACAUGCUUGAAAACUUCACGUUCCGCAACCAUAUCUGCAUGACCUUUGAGCUGCUGAGCAUGAACCUAUAUGAGCUUAUCAAGCGCAACAAGUUCCAGGGCUUCAGCCUGCCACUGGUCAGGAAGUUUGCACACUCCAUCCUGCAGUGCCUUGAGGCCCUGAGCAGACACAGAAUCAUCCACUGUGACCUCAAGCCAGAAAACAUCCUGCUCAAGCAGCAGGGACGUAGCGGCAUCAAGGUGAUUGACUUUGGCUCCAGCUGUUUUGAACACCAGCGAGUGUACACCUACAUCCAGUCCCGUUUCUAUCGGGCUCCAGAGGUGAUUCUUGGUUCACGUUAUGGCCUUCCUAUUGAUAUGUGGAGCUUCGGCUGCAUACUGGCAGAGCUGCUGACUGGCUACCCCCUGUUCCCCGGCGAGGAUGAGGGUGACCAGCUGGCCUGUGUCAUGGAGCUGCUGGGCAUGCCUCCACAGAAGGUUCUGGAGCAGGCCAAAAGAGCAAAGAACUUCAUCAACUCCAAAGGCCACCCUCGCUACUGCGGAGCCAACACCCUGCCCACGGGGGCCACUGUGCUGACGGGGUCUCGCUCCCGCCGUGGCAAGAUGAGAGGCCCUCCUGGUAGCAAGGAGUGGAGUGCUGCCCUCAAGGGCUGCGAGGACCCCACCUUUACUGACUUCAUAAAGAAGUGUUUGGACUGGGACCCCUCAUCUCGUCUCACCCCUAGCCAGGCCCUCAGGCACCCUUGGCUGUAUCGCAGGCUGCCCAAGCCCCUACCAGGGACAGAGAAGAGUCAAGGGGCCACAGUAAAACGACUCCCUGAGCACCACAGCACCUCCUUCCCCUCUAUCCUGGCCAAAGGGGGGCCUGGCUUAGGCACUACAGCUGCCAACAACAAACUGAGGAGCAACAUGAUGGUAGAUUCAGGGGAGGCCAUACCUCUUCGCACGGUCCUUCCCAAACUUGUCUCUUAGGGGGAGGCAAAGAGAGAGAGAGAGAGUCCUCUUAUCUCCUCUCUCCCUCCACUCCCUCCUCCUCUGCACUUCUCAGGAGGAGUCAGAGUGUAGGGGAAAGAGGAGCCUAGGUUUUAAAACUUGUUUGGCUGUUCUUUUAUUUGUUUUUUACUGAGAGGUGUCGACACCCCAGUUCCUGGUUUUUAAUAUUAGCUGAAUACAGACAGAGAGACAAUAAAAGAAACACUCUGAAAAAAGGUUUUUAUACAGAGGAUUUCCUUGAGCGGCUGUGGAGUUUCUGUAUACAGCCAACUGAUGAGGUUUGAUUUAGAUAAUGCUUUUUAAAAUCUUCCUUGUGUGAGUGGACAGCUUCAUAAAUGAGCAAAUGUUUUUAAUCUGCGUGUGUUGUCACGUGAGUGUUGUGUUUUAGUAAAAAACACUCAAGCACACUGUCACUUGCCUCACUUCACACUCUUAACACUCAUAGGACGCCACCCUUUCUGGGGAAUCGUUUAUGUGAGUGACACUUGAAAAGGGCUACAGAGAUCACUCUUAUCAGGUUAGAGUUAGCAAACAAAGAUUUAUUCAGCCAACAUCAGUUAAUAGAAAAAAAAAGAAUCAUGCUCUAGUGUUUAGGCCCUGACACACUGACAAAGUUAUCCCUCAUGUAUUUAUAUAACAUAAAUGCCUUCACACAGGUAAUGGGGGGAUCGGCAUUAUGUAGUGAAUAAUUAUGAAAACAUUUUUUUAGCAAUAAGUCUUCACUUCCUCAUGUUUCUAAUUUUGCUCUUUUUCUACCUUUCCUGAACCCUGGUGCUUGCAUGUCAGCUCAAUAUGUGACGUUAGUAUGUGUGUGUGCUUUAGCUUUGUGGUGCUACUGUGGGAGACAUUGAGAGGGCCUGGGACAACCUAUUUACAGCCCCCUCCUCCCCCCAACUCCCCCGUUUGAGUGGAACGGGGUGGGGGGGUGGGCACAGUAGUUCCACUCGAACUCUGUCACAGAGGUGUCAACGUCACAGUCGGUACUUCACAAACUGGUUUGCGUGAGACUGUUGUGUGAGGCAGAGCGAUGGAGAGCUGCAAGUCAUUGCACAUACACACCUGUGGGGUGAUUGACAGGAAAGUUGCAUUGGAAAGUUAAAGUUUGUAUGAAUGUCACUUGCCCAUGCCCCUAACUGGCUGCUGUGAUUGUUGGCAGUGGCGCAUUAAUCCUAAUGGAAGAAUGGUGCAGGGCGAGAAGGAUCAUGGGGUAAAAUGAAGGGCAGUAUGUUUAAUAUGAGCCAAGAUCUUUUUUUUUUUUUUUUCUCUGGGGGAGGUGUAGAUGAGUUGACAGGACAGGCCAGUGAUAAAGGCGGGGUUUUAUGGUACUGCAGAAAGACGUGUUUCUCAGGGAGACAUACUUGAUACAUCCCUUAAUCUUAUAUUAACUGUGUUCCACUUACAGUCCUCUGUCCCGACUAUAGAUGAACAUGCAUGCAGUUCUGUCCACUGAGAGCGAGAGAAUGCAGACACGAGUGAGUCUGCAAAGGGGGUCUGCAUGCUCCACAAUCUGACCUAGAUUCUCACUCCUCCCCCACCACCUCUUUCUCUCUCGGUUUUCCCACUCUGUCUCAUGUAGGGCAGGGAACCUCUUAAACUUACACAUAUAUAGUGAAUUAUGGUGCUGUCCAAAACGCGCGCACACAGACACGCACACACAGACACGCCCGGUGCAUGUUGGUAUGGACCACACCGCUCAAAGACUUCUUUCUCUUGUCCCGUGUUUUCUCAGUGAAACUGUCAGGGAUUUCUACUCUGUCUCCAUUUUUUAUAGAAGUGGUUUCUAUUGCUAUUCACUCCAGAAUAUCAGAGGAUGUAAAAAGCAAAAAGUGGAAAAAGAGAAAAUUGUAUACUGUCAUGUUGUUCUAGUGGUGUGCGUUAGUAGGAGGGUGUUUGGUGUUCCAGCAUGAAAUGAAAUCACAACCUGUUAUCAGACUGAGUGACUAUGAGAAGAGAAACUGUACAGUAACCAAAUGAAGUUGUGAUAGUUUCUUUUUCUAAAGAAAAUAAAAAUGAUUAUUAACUGAAA